AGGGGAAUGUUUCAACUGGCUAAAGUAUUCCAUCUUUUCUCGGUUCUGUCAUAUACCCUUUUUCACUUAACUACAUGUGAACCAUGUUCCAUAAACUGGAUGCAAAAACCGGAGGAACAUGAGGGGCGUGACUGCUAUGGAGAUAAUGAUCAUGUUGGUUUUCAAGAAACUAAUGUUGGAUUUACAAAUUCUGGCUAUGAAACAGGAACUUGUAUGACUCAUUUUAGUGUUGAGACUAUCUGCACUAAUCCUAAUUCAUGCUGUUUUCCUUCAACAAUGCCUGGCAUUUCAACUAAACAGAGAACAGAUGAAGUAGGCUGUUCAGAAGUUUCUAGGAGUAAGUCUGAUAAUGCUUCAUCUCAUACAGAACAAAGUAAUCUUAGAGGACUGGAAACUAACAAAAGUCGGUUAUCUAGCCACAGUAUGUUUAAAUUAUUAAAUGGAAGGAUAGUUUCAUGUUCUAUAUACUCAAGAGCUGGUAUCCAUGAGUUUUCAUCCAUUCUCACAGAUGAUGCUAAUCAAGAUGAUAUUUCAUCAAGUAGAGGACCUUUACUCAGUCAGAAGAGUAGAACUAUUAGGAUGGAAAGAAACAAAGUGGCUACCAAGCAAAGUUCUUUUCAUGGUUUGCCUUCACCAAACAUGUAUAUAAGUUCUCCUGUAAUGGAUUGGGGACACAAAUACUUAUUUUUACCUUCAGUGGGUUACUUGACUGUAGCUAAUACAUGCAACGAGAGCAUUUUACACAUCUAUGAACCAUUCAGUACUAAUCUACAGUUCUAUCCUUGUAAUUUUAGUGAGGUUUUGCUAGGACCUGGUGAAGUUGCUUCAAUAUGUUUUGUAUUUUUACCUAGAUGGGUGGGCUUCACGUCAGCUCAUCUUAUCUUGCAAACAAGCUCUGGUGGUUUCCUGGUUCAGGCUAAGGGGUUUGCUGUUGAGUCCCCAUAUGAGAUUCAGGCAUUGAUCGGCCUGUGUAUUUCUUCUAGUCAAGAGUUGAGUAAGAAUUUGUCCUUGUUCAAUCCAUUUGAUGUGACCCUCUAUGUGGAGGAAAUAACUUCAUGGAUAUCAAUUUCUCUAGGGAACACUACCCAACAUACUGGAGCAGUUUGUAGCAUAGAAAAUUUCCAAGGCUAUAAUGAGCACAACUUGCUCAGUGCCGACGAUUGGUUGGUCAUGAAUAGUGGUAAUGCUGGUUUUCCACUUGGUGCUAUGAGUCUGAACAGGAACUGGGUGAUUAAGCCAAAAAGCAGUGAAACCAUCAUAGAGAUUGAUUUAUCCCCUGAAUCAAAAGGAAGAAUUUUAGGUGCGUUCUGUAUGCAGCUGUUGAGGUCUUCACAAGACAUGGUUGAUAUAGUUAUGGUUCCUCUUGAAGCUGAUUUGCACAGGAAAUCAUCCUACGAUGAUCCUGCAAGUUCUGUUUCAGUUUCUCUUGAUGCUAUGAUGGUGCCAUACGAUGGUAAUGGAGCUGUUUUUGUGGCCAUCUCAUUGAAAAAUUCUGCUCCUUAUGUGCUGAAUGUUGUCAAGAUUAGUGAAGUUGCAAAUACAAAGGUUUUCCAUAUCAAGCACAUGGAAGGUUUGCUACUCUUCCCUGGUGCUGUUACUAAGGUUGCUGUUAUUACUUGCACUAAACUGCCCGAUGAAAAUCAUGAUUCAGCUUCUGAAGUAUCCAACCUAAUCAGUAUUCGUAAAUUUCUUAUAAUGACGAAUGAAUCUAUAAGCCCUAAAAUUGAAGUUUCUUGUGAGGAUAUACUCCAAAUUUGUAUGGAACAUAAAAAAGAUCCAUCCAUGGCUUAUAAGCAUCAUUCUGAAAGGGCUAAAUUUGACAUUGCAUGGAUGGGGUCCUUUGGUGACGGCAUACAAUUGGCAUCAUGGACCAAGGCAGCAGAAGCUGAUGAAUUGGUACUUCAAAACUGGAAAACUCAAGGUACCUCAGGUGGCAUGACAGUGCUUGAUGAGAAUGAGUUACUAUUUCCAAUGGUUCAAGAUGGAAGUCACUUCUCCAAGUGGAUCACAGUGACAAAUCCUAGCAAGCAGCCAGUUAUAAUGCAACUCAUUCUAAACUCAGGAGGAAUUGUUGAUGAAUGUAGGAGCCAAGAUGAUUUUAUCAAGCUCCGUUCUGGUAGUUUGGUUCAGAAUUCAUCUAUUGUGCCAAUAAGAUUUGGGUUCUCCAUGCGAGAGAAUGCACUGACAGAGGCCUACGCUCAGCCAUAUGGUAGAGCCUCUUUUGGCACUGACAGAGGCCUACUCUCUAUGGCAAUUCUUGUUUCUGCUCCUUUAUUGUUUCUUGUGUUGUGUUUUCUUGUUCACCAAGAAAUGGUCUUGGGCUCCCGAGAUUACUUUUUCAAGAGUGAGGGGAAGAACUCCAUCACUACAAUCAGGACUGGAGGAAAAUCUUCUCGUGCCAACCGUAUUCAGAGAAAUAGCAAGUUUCCUGUGUCUAAUGGUAGAUACCCAAACAGUCAGGUUCGGACCAAGGGACAGGAGUUAACUGGUCCAAAUGCUAAAAUAACUCCAGAAAAUGACUGGGAACCUAACAGUAUCUUAGAUCCUGAGAGGGAAACUUCUUUGCAAUCUCUGCCCUCAAAAUCUGCUGUGACUGAAAAUCUUGAUAUAAAGGAAGCCCCUCAAGCGGGUUACCUCUCAAUCAGGAUUGAGAAAGAAAAGGUAAGAAGGAGAAGGAAAAGAAAAGGUGGAUUUAGAGAAUUGAUUGAAGUGUCAGGUAAUCAAAGUGGAAAUUCUACGCCUUCAUCUCCACUGUCCCCUAUAACAUCUGUAUUACCUAAUCGCAAAUGGUCACUCUGUCCUGUCGUUGACCAAUCUGCUGAGGCUAGAAAUCCUUUUAGCCAAUUGGCUGACCAAUGCUGUGAGAAAGGUCAAGUUUUCGGGCCUAUUUCUGAAGAAAACUUGUUAGCACCUAAGGUUUCUGGGGAACAUGGAAGCAAUAACUGGUAUUCUUCGAUUCAAGAGCAGUCUACAUUGCCAAGGAAAAUUGUUCCAAAUUCUGUUUUCUUGCCCUCUACUAUUUCUCCUUGUCCAGGCAGGGCUACCCCCAGUAUGCUUAGCUCUUCUUUUCCUUUGUCUUCAACCUCUGUUAUUGCUCCUAGCGUUCGAGCUCCCGGACCUAAACUCUCUGACCAGAAAACCAUAAAUGCAGAAAGAAAGUGUAGGCUGAGAGAUGAAUAUACAUAUAAUAUUUGGGGUGACCAUUUUUCUGGACUCCAUAUAAUGGGUAGUUCAAAGGAUGUUACCUUCAAUUCUAGCACUACAGAAAGUGACCCUGAGAGUUUCUUUGCAAGGGGUCCACUAACUUUCAUGAAAAAAAUCUGAACCAAGCUCUGUAAGCUUCAAUCAAGAAGGGAAAUAAUAAGUAUCUAGAU